AUUGAUCUUCCGGCAGGCGAGCUAUCUAGUUCCCAGCUUCCCACGCUACCUGCUUCGGUUCCUUCCAACCAUUUUUAAGGGGCUGGAUGUUCUUCCCAAAAUGAGUUUGGUGAUUAAAAAUCUGCAGCGGGUGGUCCCCAUCAGAAGAGUGCCCCUUCGCAGCAGGAUGGAUGUGGUCAGGAGUAUUUUAGGAGUGAAGGAUUUUGACCUGGGGAUCAUCUGUGUUGACAACAAGCGUAUUCAGCACAUUAAUAGGAUCUACAGGAAGAAAAACAUCCCAACUGAUGUGCUGUCUUUCCCAUUCCAUGAGAAUCUGAAAGCAGGGGAAUUUCCUCAGCCACACUCGUCAGAUGACUAUAAUUUGGGAGAUGUUUUUCUAGGUGUGGAGUAUAUCUUUCAUCAGUGCAGAGAAAACGAAGAUUUCUAUGACAUCCUAACGGUGACAGCCACCCAUGGACUCUGUCACCUUCUGGGCUUCACCCACAACUCUGAGGUCGAGUGGCAAAAGAUGUACAACCAGGAGAAACUGGUGCUGGAGGAACUGAAUCGCUGCACUGGAGCCAGCCUCCAACCCCUGACCAAGGGCCUCUACUAAUGUUUCAAUACUGUGAGCUGGAGACAUUGAUGGACAGAGUCCUGCCCCUCCAGAAUGGAUCUCUGCUGGUCAUGCUGGCCUGGGUGACUUCGGCCCACACGGAAGCACAAUUCUAUGAGUGGAAAUUGGCUUCAGGAAUUACCAAGGAAGGGUCAGGUUGGCUCUUGCUCUGUUUAAAAAGCUAUCUUAGAACCGGGCGGUGGUGGCGCACGCCUUUAAUCCCAGCACUCAGGAGACAGAGGCAGGCGGAUCUCUGUGAGUUUGAGGCCAGCCUGGUCUACAAGAACUAGUUCCAGAACAGGCUCCAAAACCACAGAGAAACCCUGUCUUGAAAAACAAAACAAAAAAAAGCUAUCUUAAUUAUUAUAAACAGCAGUUCUAGCCCAUUCCUAAGAGAAGAAACAUGUAAGUUCUAUCAAAUGUCUUGUCAUCAAACUAAUAAUUAUAUGAGAGAAAGAUCGUGUCAGAAAUCAUCAUGAAGAAAGGAAACUGUGUGAGGUCUUUAAUUGAUGCUUUUAACAAAAACAAGAUUCUCUGGAAUCACAUCCUAAGGGACACUGAAAGAUGGUUCUGUAGGAAGUGGAUGUCACCACCCUGAAGCUCUUGGGAGUGUGUUGCAUUGACUUGUUCAUCCACAUGGACAUCACAUCACUGUCUUCACUGUGUGGUAGCCAGGUCAGUCACAGGGAAGGUCCACACGGGGCUAACUGGCAACUCUGAAUCAUCUUGCCUCUGACCUGUAGGGUUCCAAGGAUUCAAAAGUAGGGACCAGCUUUUUGGUGAGGAAUGUAGCAAAUGAGAUCUUACUUUAAUACUUGAAAAUAGCAUCUGUAAAGGCAGGUGGAAUGUAACACUCCAGUGAUCUAGAGAGGCCAAGACAGGAGAAUGACAAGUUUGAGGCCAGCCUGAGCAACUCAGUGACAUGUUGUCUCAAAAUGGUAAAAAGGAGAUGGAUGUUAACUUAACGGAAGAGUACUUGGCUAGUGUGCUCAAAACCUUGUGUUCAAUCCACUAUCACAAAUAAUAAAUCUUUAAAAACAAAACAUUAAGCCAGGGGUGAUGGUGCACUCCAAGCACUCAGGAGUGUAGACCGGCCUGGUCUACAUAUUGAGUUCCAGGACAGCCAGAGCUAUGUAAUAAUAGACCUUGUCUCAAAAAACAAACAACAAAAAACCAUUAAAACAUCUAGGAAGCUAGGCAUGAUUAGAGAUACCUUUAGUCUCAUCACUUGAUGUAGGAUUCCCCUCUGUAUGCUGUGAAUAUGUUUUAUUCAUUGGUUAAUGAAUAAAGCUUUUUCUGCUUAGCGGAGCAGAGCCGGGAGGGAAAUCCAAACAGAGAUACAGAGAGAAAGUGGGCAGAGUCAGACGACGUCAUGUAGCUGCCAAAGGAGAUAGGUGCUGGAUCCUUACCAGUAAGCCACAGCCUCAUGCCGAUACAUAGACUAAUAGAAACAGGUUAAUUCAAGAUGUAAGAGCUAGCUAAAAAAUAUGCCUGAGUCAUUGGUUGAACAGUGUUGUAAUUAAUAUAGUUUCUGUGUGAUUAUUCAGGUCUGAGCAGUCGGGGAAACAAAUGAGCAGUCUCUGCCUACAGAUGGCACUACAAACUCUCAGAAAUCAGAGGCAGGUGAAGCUCAUUGAAUUUGAGUUUAAGGUCAGCCUGGUCUACAGAGGUUACAUGGUAAGACCCUGUCUCAACAAACAAAGGAGACAGGCAUGAUUGUACACGUCUGAAACCCUAGCAGCAGCUAAAACAGGAUUGUAAGUUUGUUGUCAGCCUGGACUCAAAAACUAAGCAACAACAAAACCAAAAAGGAAACCAAUUUUACCAAAACAACAAAAGAGACACCAGAAAGUCAAGGAAGCAUGCACACACAUGUGAAAAGAAAUCUAACAGGACCAGGGUACAAAUGGGACAGGGAAAGCGAUCAUCUCCCUCGAGGAGCCACGGGCCAGGCUGUUUGUGGCUUUUAGAAAAAUUCCUUGUAGACAGUGUAUGAAUCAUCCUUAUUUAUUUGUUUAUAUAUUUAUUUAUUAUUACUUGGUUCUUUUUUAUUAUUAUUUUUAUUUUUCAAGACAGGAUUUCUACCUUUGGAGCCUGUCCUGGAACUACCUCUUGUAGACCAGUCUGUCUUCGAACUCACAGAGAUCUGCCUGCCUCUGCUUCCCGAGUGCUGGGAUUAAAGGCUUGUGCCGCCACCGCCCAAAUCCAUCCAUAUUUACUCAGCCUGCAGGCCACACAUGUUCACACCUUACACAUGUUUCUUGUUAAUUCUUAAGAUUUUAACAUUUUAUGUGUAUGAGUGUUUUACUUGCAUGUGUGAUACCCAUGGAAAUCAGAAGAGAACAUUAAAGCCCCUGGAACUGAGUUACAGACGUAAGUUGCCAUGUGCUGGGAAUUGAACCUGGAUUUUCUUUAAGAGCACCAAGUGGCCUUAACUCUUAACCAUUGAGCCAGCUCUCCAGCACUUUCUUGUUUGUUUUCCGAAACAGGGUUUUUCUGUGCAAUUCUGGCUGUCCUGGAAAUAUGUAGACCAAGUUGGCCUCGAACUUAGUGAUCUGCCUGCCUCUACCUCUCUAGUGCUGGGACUAAAGGUGUGUGCCACCAUGCCCAACUCCUUAUUUUAUUUAUUUAUUUAUUUAUUUUUGAUUUUCAAGACAGGGUUUCUCCGUAGCUUUUGGUUCCUGUCCUGGAACUAGCUCUUGUAGACCAGGCUGACCUCGAACUCACAGAGAUCCGCCUGCCUCUGCCUCCCGAGUGCUGGGAUUAAAGCUUAUUUUAUUUUGAAUUGCAUUUAAUCAGCGAUGGUGUUGGAGUGUAUGCACACCACAAUGCAGCAAUGCAAUGCAGUCGUAGAGGCAAGAGUGACAGCCUGCAGAAGUUGGUCCUCGUUCCCCACCUCCCACCCACCAUGUCCUGAGGCUAACACUCAGUUAUCAGACUUGACUGACAGCAAGCACCUUUAACUGCUACGCAACCUUGUUGACCCUGGAUAUUUGAAAAGAAAGCACAUCACACAUUCUUCAGCUUGCUUCUCUCACAUUGGAAUGAAGUGAUCAUUCCAGGCAUGAUCAUCAGGUCUCUCUCUUGGUUUGCAAGUGGGCAGGUGUAACACAUCAAGGACAUAACACAGGCCUCACACGUGUUCAGCAAGCUGUCUGCCACUGAGCUAUGUCUCCGGUCUCACUUUACUCCAACCUUCCGUAGGAAUGUUACAAUGGGUUUGCAGCUAUAAUGAUGGAUUCUGAUCUGGAACUGUUUUUCUAACAACUCUUUCAUAAUAAAAUGUG